AUUACGCCCACCUGUCCCCUGCCCUCCACUGCUACGUGCACAUCUGUCCUUGGUCCUUGAUGGCAUAAAGGCCGCUGCUGGGAAGAGGGGCGCCAAUCAAGCCUCAGCAGCCAUGGAUGUGAGGGUCUGUUGCCUCCUGCUGUUUGUUGCCGCAUCCAGUGUGCCCAGCCUGGCCAGUGACUUUGUGAUACAGCCAAUAAAAGGAGAACUUCCAGCGCUUCACAAACGUGGACAAAACGCUAGGCGCCCCGGACAUGAAGGAACCAGCAUUGAGCCCAAACAGCACCCCGUAGAUCGCGAACAUGAAGGAGCCAGUAUCAUGCCCAAGCAGGGAGGAAACCAGGCGGUUCACAAACAACUUGACCCUGUAGAUUGCCAAGAAGGAGAAAUAGUGACAGUGGGCGAGGAGGGACGCAGGAUCACCAGCCCGGGUUAUCCUGACAAUUACCCCGACCGAGAAAGAUGUAAAUUGAAGAUUGUCGCUGAGAACAGCGAGUGCACGUUGAUGAUUGAUUGCGAUGACUUCCAUAUACAGGAAUCACGGAAUUGCAGAAGAGACUUCCUGCAGAUUAAAGAGAAAAGGCGGAAGAAGAAAUUCUGUGGUGAUACGGGAUUUGAAUACGAGAGUAAGAGAAACAUCCUAACACUGCAGUUCAGAAGCGACAGGUCGGGAACAGACAAAGGAUUCUCCUGCUUAGCUCGCUCCGUAUGUCCAUCAACCAUGACCACCACAACGACCGCUGAGACCACGACCACCGCGAGUAGCACAGGAUCGUGUGAAUGCGGCAUUGCCAACCCAAGCAGGAUCGUGGGCGGGGUGGAGGUAAGUCCUGCUAAUAAGUACCCGUGGCAUGCGGGAAUCAAGAAGAAAGACGACGAGAAGUACCGGUGCGGCGGCUCCAUCAUUACCAACAAGCAUAUCAUGACCGCCGCACACUGUGUUAAAGACGUACCUGCAAAGGAGCUGGUUGUGGGAGUUGCCGACCACAACAUGCAGUCCACCAACGAUGACGAACCAGGAGUCACCCGCCUGGUGGGCGUUCAGGACAUUACCGUUCAUCCUGACUAUAAUCCCCGUACCCUUGACAGUGAUAUCGCGCUAAUUACGCUGUCAGAAACACUGGACCUGACUCAACACAAGGAGCUUCGCCCUGUGUGUCUGCCUGCCGAUGACUCCAAGACUUAUGCAGGCAUGAUGGCCACAGCGACAGGCUGGGGCACACUCCAGUCCGGGGGAGAGCGACCAGAUAUACUGAAUGAAGUCUCAGUACCCAUUCUGGAACCCUCCUGCCCGGAAAUGGAUAUCACUGAAAAUAUGCUGUGUGCUGGUCUUGAGGAAGGUGGUAAGGACACCUGCCAAGGCGACUCCGGAGGUCCGCUCUUCGUGUUUAAUAACUCCACUUCCAAGUACGAGCAGGUUGGCAUCACCUCCUGGGGCUACGGGUGUGCUGACCCUAACCAGCCCGGAGUGUACACCAGGACGAGCAAGUUCCUUACCUGGAUCCACGACAAUACUGUUGACGCUACCUACUGCCGGGAGUGAUGCCUCCAUCCGCGCUUCCUCCACGGGGCUCAUCUUCCUUCUCUGCUGUUCUGACACGUUCAGCAGCAAAGCCCUCAUGGUGUAAAAAAUAAAGUUGCACUAAGC